ACUAACCUGCCGCCCUCCACCAUCUUUGUCCGCCAUCUUUCCUGCGCAGUGCGACAUGCAGAAGCUGACGGUGGACGAACUGAAGCGCCUUCUCUAUGACACUUUCUGCGAACAUCUCUCCAUGAAAGACAUCGAGAACAUCAUCAUGACUGAGGAGGAGAGCCACAUGGGGAACGCCGAGGAGUGCGCCGUCGAUGUCGAACCGUGUUCGAACCAACAGAUCCGACAGACGUGCGUCCGGAAAAGCCUCAUCUGCGCCUUCGCCAUCGCGUUCAUCAUCAGCGUCAUGCUCAUCGCCGCAAACCAGGUGCUGCGCAGUGGGAUGAAAUAGCUGCGCCGGGAUGGCGGACGGAGAAACAGACGCGGUCCCCAGAGCGGGGACAAAAAUGGAAAUCCACAAACUAUACCGUUCUAUGGAUACCGGACGCGGCACCAUUUUCUUGGAGGAGUCCUCUUCGCGACGCGUCCAUCUUGUCUGCACGGUUUCGUCCCGGAUUCGCGCCGGGGGGGGUCCCUGCAUGGCGGGAAUUUUUUGCGCACUCAAUUUUUCCGAAGCAUGCCAAAAGCGCGCAUGACGAAGAUGCUGCGUUUUUCUCCUUAUCCUGAGUGAUGCAAUACUGUGUGCUUUUAUAUCCGAAAUAUUAGGAAUCCUAUAGUAUAUAAGGCAGUAUAAUAUAUAUAUAUAUAUAUAUAAAUUUAUAUAUUUACGAAUAACCCGUUAAGCAAUACACGCGCACGCGCGUCGCAGUUUUUGUAUCCGAAGGCAUUGCAUGGACAUCGAAAACACGUAAACUAAAGGGCUGGACACCGGUCACUUCGCUGUCCGUAUCUAUGCACUUCCCCCCCAUAAUGUCCCCUUUGUCCCCAUUGGCGUCGUUCGGACACAAACGAGGCGGCAAAUGGCCAUGCGCCACACCGCUUGCGCCGCUGUCCCUGGAGACGCGAGAGAUGCCAUCUCAUAGUAUGCGCCAUGAUGUACAUAACGAGGCCCACGGAGCCACCAUCUUGAACCGCCCUUCGACGCGGGGUCCGGCGCUGUCCGUGUCCCAAUAUGGCGGGCCAUAUCCCCCCCGUUGUGCCAUUGCGCCAUACCCCCAUAUGAAAAAACGAAUCAGAAUUGUGCCUUAUUUCUCGUUUCAUGCGCAAAAAUUUUGUCGGUCCUCUUUGUGGCUGAGCCUCCGCUUCCUUUUCCGUGAAUGUAUUGAUUAUUGAUUAUUGAUUAUUUUUGUGUAUAUGUGACGCAAUAAUUAAUAUAUGUUAAUAUGUUUUUUAACGAGAGAGAGAGAGAGAGAAAACAGUGCAUGGACCGCGUUCCUUGGUUUCGCCCAUUUUGGAAGAGUGUUCGUACUGGGAAAAGAAAGGAAGGAGGGAGAAGAAAAGGAGGGAAGGAGGGAGAGAGGGAGGAAGGAAGGAAGGAAAAUGAAGGAAUAAAGGAAGGAGAAAGAAGAAAGAGAG